AUGUCAACUGUGAUUAAGAAGAAGAUCAAACUUCCCAAGAAUAUAACUCCUGAAUUUGCUAUUGAGUUGAAGGAAUGUUUUGAUUGGCAAGAUAGAAAUGCUGAUGGAUUAGUGUCAAAAGAAUGUUUGUUGGUACUAUUAAGAGCAACAGGGCAGAUUUGGUCAUUGGACGAAAUUGAAAAGAUAUGUCAUGGACUUGGUUCAAAGGAAAUUGAUUUUCAGACUUAUCUCGACUUAGUAUCCCAUAAAGUUAUGUUGAAACCUGAUAAAGAGGAAUUGAGAACUGCCUUUAACGUUUUGGACAGAUAUGGAAACGGUAAGGUUCUGGUUAGUGAUUUGAAGCAUAUUUUGUGUAAUGUUGGAGAAAAACUAACAGAGGAAGGUUUUCAAGAACUUUUGAACAUUUCAGAUAUUCCAGAUGCAAAUAGGUUAACAUUUUUAACAGAAGAAGAGUUUUUGAAAAUGUAA